GAAGGCCCGGCCCACUCGGGACUUGGCCAGACUGCGGUUUCGGAGAGUUUCGUUCUGCUGAGGGCAGAGGAGGAGGAGCCGAAAUUGCCGGCUUGACUCCGCCCCCUGUUUCAUCCGAGAAAGGAAACUCAUUCUCGAAGGAGCAGCCCUUCCUUGCGUGGGUCCCCGCAGUGGCCUCCAUGGCGCCUUCCUCGCAGAGCGCGGACCUGAAGCGAGCCGGCAACGAGCAGUUCCGCCACGGGCAGUACAGCCAGGCGGCGGCGCUUUACGGCCGGGCCCUGGCAGUACUGGAGGCGGCAGGGGAUGCAAAUGCAGAAGAGAAAAGUGUUCUUUACUCCAAUCGUGCUGCAUGCUAUUUGAAGGAUGGGAAUCUUAGCCUGUGCAUUAAGGAUUGUUCUGAUGCGCUGGAACUUGUUGCUUUUAGCAUCAAACCCCUGUUGAGGCGGGCAGCAGCCUACGAAGCUCUUGAGAGGUACAAUUUAGCCUAUGUGGACUACAAAACUGUGCUACAGAUUGAUUGUUCUGUACAGGCUGCACAUGAUGGCGUCAACAGAAUGACCAAGGCUUUAUUGGACAAAGAUGGCCUUCAGUGGCGCCAGAAGCUGCCGCCCAUCCCAACCGUUCCUGUUUCUGCUCAGAAAAGGUGGGAGCCACCUCCUGCUGGAAACAAAGUAAAUGCUGCUGCUCCUGUAACAAAUCAAGUGCCUACAGCUGCUACAACCAAACAAGCAAACACAUUGAAACUAGAAGGAAAUGAAUUUGUAAAGAAGGGCAACUAUAAGAAAGCUGUAGAAAAGUACACACAGAGUUUAAAACUUCACAAGCUUGAAUGUGCAACUUAUACUAACAGGGCUCUUUGCUACCUGAAUUUAAAGCAGUACAAGGAAGCGAUUCAGGACUGUUCGGAAGCACUUAAAAUAGAUCCAAAGAACAUCAAAGCAUUUUAUAGACGAGCUCAAGCAUACAAAGAACUUAAGGACUACAAAUCCAGCAAAGCAGAUAUCAACAGCCUCUUGAAAAUUGAACCAGAAAAUGGUGCUGCUAAGAAAUUACUGCAAGACCUAAACAAACUCUUAAAAUAAGAGUGGCUUAAUAACUGUUUUGAAGAUGACAUGUUUUUCUGGUUUUUAAAAAACACAUGGACCAGGCUGAGUACAGCUGCAGACACCACCUUCCAAAUCUUGUGAUAUCUGCCUUAUCCCUUGCUUUAUACGAGAUGUUCAUCCUUUCUUCUAAAGCCUUUUGAAAGUUCAGUGUGACUUCUUGAGAUUUAUAGCUUUCUAGCAAAAUAGCUCCUGCAAUUCUCUGUCCUAGGAAAAAAAUGUUUCUAAUUGUUGGAAAACAUUACCAGCACUUAGAGCAGCCCUGAUCAAACAUGCUUAUUUCAGCUGUAUGUUUGCUCAGAAAGAAACGCUUUAAGACUUUGGCAGUGGAUGUAUAUACUUUUGAUAUCAGCACAGUCCAAACUUAAAACUUGGAGGAAUAGUGACAGGUAGAAGUUAGGAGGGUAAAAAUAGUCUGUACUUGCCUUAUGUUUUGCGCACUACACUCCCAAUGGAGAGCACUUAGUCUUGAGAAAAUUACUUGGAAAUCUAAAGCUGCUUUUGUCCUUUACCAAAGAGCUUAGUACAGUGUUAUCCUUUGUGUGUGUGUACCUUUUGCAUUCAAAAUCUUCAGUUCUUGUUCAUUAGGGUAAGUUACACUUGCCUUUUGUUUAAAUAUGUUUCAUGUUUGCAUAUGCUUGUUACUGUACCGCACUUACCCCCAUUGUACACAUGUCAAAGUAGUUGUAGUUGGAAGUUCGCACUGUGGAAGAUCCAAAUGAGUAGAGAUUGGUUUAGAGUUUCAGAGGCAGAGAAGUAAUGUUAAAUAUCUGCCUACAACAAUACUGUUCUUAGGCCUACAUCCCAUAAAUGGCAGGUGAUUAUUUAUAAUGAGUUCUAGUACUUCAGAUUAUACCUCUGAUUUCAUUUGAAUAAAUUUAAAAACCCAUUCAGGAGGACAGGAAUAAGUGUUUCCUAGCAGUUGGAAGUACUAAAGCUUCCACCAAUCUCAGCCAACACAGUGGUGAAAGCUAUGGGGAUUUGCAGUCCAACCAUAACUGGAAGACAAUAUGUUUCCAAUCCCUGCUGUUAGUUGGCAGAAGAUAAUCAUGGCCUAGUAUUCUUACUACCCUGCUGAUCUUCUACAUGUACUCUAUUACAGAGGAAUGAUGAAUUACAAUAACAUCCAUGUGCCAGCUGGUAUCUCCAAAGACUGUGUAACUCACUGUUUAAGAAUAACCUCAAAUGUUCCACAGCAACAGCAAAAGGUGUAGCUUCCUUAUAUUUUGCUCUCCACCUUCUUGGAGCAAGGUUUCUAGUUGAGUCACCUAUCUUGGGUGGAGGGGCACCCCACCCUUUCCAGGGAGCUUACUUCCUUUUGAGCUUCUGGCUACAAGGCUAUACAGGAGAGAGCUUUGCAUGUUGCCUCUCAAUACAGUCCUGCAACCUUGAGUUACUACUGUUAAUGUUGCACUGAAUAUAGAGCUGGUGCCUGUCUCUCCUCCCUCUGAGAAGAUUUAAAGGAAAAGAAUGGCUGUCUGCAGAUCUUUUAUUUAAGUUUUCUCUCUUUUAGCCUCAGGACAAGAAAUAAAGCUUGUUUUUAAAAUGAUAAA